AUGACGUCCUUUACAUCCUGCAUGACAGACAAAGGUUAUGAGGAACAGGUAACCAGAGAAUGUCAGAGAUGUCAUCAACUAAUGUGUCCAAAAGAAACUCGGCAGACUGUGGAUGAAGUUCAACAAAAAGUAAGAUAAUGUUAUUAUCUUAUGUCACAUAAUGUUUCCCAAUGAUUUAUUUUAACAAUGAGCAUUUCUUCUUCUCAUGAAAUAAAUAAAGUGACAUGAUGUGUGUUUUUGCUGGUGUAGUUAAUGGACCAUUGCAGAGAGAAUAACUGCCACAGUUUAGAGCAACAUAUGCUUUUUCUAAUAUUCCGAUAUGAUGGAAAACAUUUUCCACUGACAGGAAUAUCAGAUUUAUUUCAUUUCCUUCAGUAAAUCCAGAAAGAUUUCCUCUUUAAUGGCAAACCUCUCUGAGCAUGAAGAAAGGCAUUUUAUACAUUUCUGUUGUUGUUUAUUGGGUUAUCCUGUGUUUCCAUUUAGAGCGGAGAAAGCAAAGCUAUUGUCAGGUGUGAGUGCUGUGAGCCCACCCCCAGGAUAAAGGGUGUAAUGUUCAGCCUCCGGCAGCUCAAAGUGGUUGCUGUGCUUGGCACCUGGGACCCCUGUAUCUCUGCAGGAAUUGGCAUGGAGCCGGCAGCUCCUCUAAGAGCCAGGUGUUGUUUUAUUUAUCUGAAAGCACAAGUGACCUUUGGAGAAGAACGCCGCAGAGAGACCUGCCUCCGAGGGCUGUCUGCCUUCCCUGUCUUCUCCUCUGUCACAUACCUCCCAGUGAAGGAUGAGAGCGAGAGCCAUCAGCCAAGCCUGUCUGCAGACUGUCAGUGA